AGACUUCACUAAGAUCUAACUUCUUCUAUAAGUCAAGUUGUGUGGCUGACAUAUCUCAAGUUGAAACCCACGUAUCUCUAUUUAUACCACCAACAUUUUCUCUCAUUUUUCUUAAAUCAAAACAUUUCUUCUUCAAAAGUUUUCAUAAAGACCAUGUCUGAAUCACUUAUGCGUUUGCAUUUUCUAUCGCUAAUCUUGCUCUGUUGUGUCUUCCUUUCAAGCUCCUUUGAUUUAAACAUCGAUUACAAUAGCUAUGUUGCUUGUCAUCCCCAUAAGACUCAAGCUCUAACUGAGUUCAUGAACGAGUUUGAUAGCAGCCUGUGUAACCUCAGUGAUCCCUUUAAUGGAGUCUGGUGCGAUAACUCUACCGGUGCGGUCACAAAGCUACAGCUCAGCGACUGUCUUAGUGGAACUCUAAAGCCCAACAGUAGCCUAUUCAGCUUACAACAUCUUCGUUACCUUAACCUCACUCAAAACAACUUCAUCUCAUCUUCACUUCCUUCUGAAUUUGGCAAUCUCAGCAGGUUAGAGGUCUUAUCUCUUUCCCGUAUUGGCUUAGUGGGUCAAGUUCCUUCCUCAUUUAAUAAUCUCAGCCUUCUUUCGGUUUUAGACCUUUCCCAAAAUGAGCUCAUCGGUAGUUUCCCACUAGUACGGAACCUAACAAAGCUCUCGUUUAUAGGCCUCAAUCAAAAUUAUAUCUCUGGAACUCUAAAUCCCAGCAGUACUAGCCUGUUUGAGUUGCACCACCUCCGUUACCUUAAUCUAGGUUUCAACAACUUCAGUUCAUCACUCCCUUCUGAGUUUGGAAAUCUCAACAAACUAGAGUUCUUGUCUCUUUCCUACAAUGACUUUUUCGGGCAAGUUCCUCCCACAAUUAGAAACCUAACCUCGUUAACCAAAUUGUACCUUGACCACAACCAGCUCACUGGAAGUUUCCCACUGGUACAAAAUCUAACCAUGCUCUCAUCUAUAGAUGUCAGUGAGAAUCACUUCUCUGGAAUAAUUCCUUCUCCUCUCUUCACCAUGCCUUUCUUAUCACGUCUUGAUCUGACUGACAACGAUCUCACCGGUUCUAAUGAAUUUCCUAACUCCUCUACCCCAUCUAGGCUCGAGAAAAUGUACCUUGGGAAUAACCAUUUUGAGGAAAAAAUCAUAGAGCCUAUAUCAAAGCUCAUCAACCUCAAAAAGCUUGACCUUUCUUUCCUGAACACAAGCUAUCCAGUUGACUUAAACCUCUUUUCCUCGCUGAAAUCUUUGUCCUAUCUUGAUCUUUCCGGUAAUUGUAUAUCUCCGGCCAGUUUAGAUUCAAAUUCAUACAUCCCAGCAAACUUGGAGAGUUUGUAUCUACAAGACUGCUGCAUCAGCGAGUUCCCAAAUAUCUUAAAGAACCUUGAGAAGUUGGAGAAAAUAGAAUUGUCCAGAAACAAAAUCAAUGGGAAAGUCCCUGAGUGGCUAUGGAAGCUUCCUUGUCUGACCUCAGUGCUUCUUCGAAAUAAUUCAUUUACUGGUUUUGAAGGUCCGGUGGAUGUUUUGGUGAACUCAUCAUCGUUGGAGCUUUUAGAUCUGGAGCAAAACUAUUUUGAAGGAGCAGUUCCUAUCCUACCACUAUUUAUUAACUUCUUUAAUGCAAAAAUCAAUAGAUUCACAGGGAGCAUACCUCUUUCAAUCUGCAAUUGUACAUCCCUCAAGCGUUUGUGGCUAUCUUACAAUAACCUCAUGGGUCCAAUUCCUCAAUGCUUGAGUAACUUGACGAUUGUGAAUCUCAGGAAGAACGACUUGGAAGGAAGUAUUCCUGACGCAUUUGUAACCGGUGCUUCUCUACAGGAACUUGAUGUUGGACACAAUCGACUAACGGGAAAACUCCCAAGAUCUCUUCAAAAUUGCUCAUCUCUCGAGUUUCUAGUUGCUGACCACAACAAAAUCAAAGGCAAGUUUCCUUUCUGGCUCAAGGCUUUACCGAAUUUGCAAAUUCUUAUCCUCAGUUCAAACAAGUUUUAUGGUUCACUAUCUCCUCCUGGUCAAGGUCCUCUCGGGUUUCCAGAGCUACGAAUAUUUGAGAUAUCUGAUAACAAGUUUACUGGAAGCUUGCCACCAAGUUACUUUGUGGAUUGGAAAGCAUCGUCAUUUACCAUGAAAGAAGAUGCUGAAGAUCUAUAUAUGGUACACGGGCAAAUUAGCUCUGGGGGAUUUUACUAUUACACUGUGGAGACUAUAGAUUUGCAAUACAAAGGUCUAUUGAUGGAGCAACAGAGGAUCAUUACCUCAUACGCGGCUAUUGAUUUUUCAGGGAAUAAAAUUGAAGGACAAAUUCCUGAAUCAAUUGGUCUCGUGAAAGGACUGAUUGCACUCAACUUAUCAAACAACGCCUUCACAGGCCAUAUUCCUCUGUCUUUCUCCAAUCUAAGCAAGCUCGAGUCACUUGACCUAUCAAGCAACCAACUCUCAGGGACCAUUCCAAGUGCACUCGGGACCCUCUCCUUUUUGGAGUACAUAAAUGUGUCUCAUAACCAACUCAAAGGGGAGAUACCACAAGGAACACAGAUUACGGGCCAAGCUAAAUCUUCAUUUGAAGGGAAUGCAGGCCUUUGUGGCCUUCCUCUCCAGGAAACUUGCUUUGAGACUGAUGCGCCACCAGCACACCAACUUCCGGAAGAAGAAGAAGAAGAAGAAGAAGAAGAGGAAGAAGUUUUGAACUGGAAAACUGUGGCAAUAGGGUAUGGACCUGGAGUGUUACUUGGACUUGCAAUAGCACAAUUCAUCGCUACAUACAAACCGGAGUGGCUCGUCAAGAUAGUUGGUCUCAAAAAGCGCAGAAAUCGUUAGGAUUGUAUGUAUGUCAAGUGGUUGAUGAGAUUCCUCUUGUGUGGAAGCAUCUCUUUUAUGUUUGCUGUACCAUUCUCCGAUGCUUUGUUUCUAUAUUUUGUUUUCUAUAAAGUAAGAAGGGUGGAUGUUUUGUAGUAA